CCCCCCCCCCCCCCCUCCUCUGAAUGGAUUGCUGAGUCUCACACGCAGACAGACGCAUUUCAUAUGCACACAGAGACAGCCAGAUCUGGACAUCAUCUCACGCGCACACACAUCUCAUAUGCAUAGACAACAUAAUUAUACAGACAGACCUUACCCCCCUCACCCUCCACCAGCCCUCUCACCCCCCACUAUCUGAUGACUCCCCGGCGUAGAGGUGGACGUGGUACGGAACCGACUGUAGCAUCAUUCUCAUCCUCAUCUUUAACACUACCACUGUCAUUACCACAAGCCUCCUCCUCUUCCUCACCACCACCACCAUGUCCUCGUCGUCGCGCAAGAUCUCCUCCGAGUCGUUCAGCAGCUCGGUGGGCUCGGACUGCGGGCUUGAAAGCCCCGGGGGAGACGGAGGGGACGGCGGCUUGGAGACGGCGGAGGAGAGCCGAGGCUGCCCCUUCUCCUCCUUCCCCUCCUCCCACAAAGCGGUGCUCUGGAACGGCCGCAGCCCCGCCGAAAGGUCGGCGUGCCCGGCGGGCGAGGAGCCGCAAGGACCCAGUGGACCUCACAAGAGGGUCACCAGGAGGAGACGGGUGAACCUGGACUCGCUGGGGGAGAGCCUGAAGCGACUGACCUCACCCAUGACACAGACUGUUCAGGAGGCUCUACAGCGAACUCUACAAUUCUACAGACAACAAGAGAUUAGGUGUCAGGAAGUUGGUAGUGAGGAGAGGCGAAGAGAGCGGAGAGAGGAUAAGUGUCCAUUUCUAGAAAAUUCUGGUUCAGAGGAAGACGUCCUACAAAUCCUACAGUACAUGGCUACCAUUCUGGGAGUACCAUUCUGUGAGUUGCGUGAGCAUUUCGGUGAGGUGUUCUUUGGCCUCUGCUUUGAAGAAAAUGAACGAGUGCUUCGUGCUGUAGGUGGCAACCUCCAGGAUUUCUUCAAUGGCUUUGACGCCAUUUUGGAACACAUUCGCACCUCCACAGGGCGCCGUGCCUCAUCUGAGAGUCCCUCCUUCCAGUGCAAGGAUCCCUACGAGGAGGAGACAGGGAGAAGAAAAUUGGCUAAAGUUGCAGAGCGAGGAGAAAAAGAUGGAAGAGGGAAGGUGUUGCUUCUUCAUUGUUUCAACCCUGCCCCUGUUGUUGGUUUGGUCAUGCCAGGGUUGAUCAGAGCUGUUGCCAGACGGAUCUUUCAUUCAGAAGUUGAGGUGGAAGAGGUGCCACCUCUAACUCCUUUACUGCCCAGUGAAGAUACAGAACACACAGACUCAAACCUCACCCCAACUGCGUCCCCCACUGCUUCACCUUCCUCGUCCCCAUCCCAUCCCUCUCCUUUCCCAACCUCUGUUUCCACAGUUUGCCUGUCCUUCCAAAUCCAGGAGACACGCCCACCUUCCGUCUCCUCUUUCCCAAAUGCUGCCCCGAUAAACACUAAAUGCCCCCCCCCCCUCUCCACGAACCCCAGUGAUCUGCGCAUUGGCCUGGCUACGUUUUGCCGUGCCUUUCCAUUUCACCUUGUCCUUGGGCCUCGCAUGGAGCUACUGCAGCUUGGAGAAGGCCUGAGGAGACAGGCUCGCAUUGAGCCUCACCGGAGCCUCUCAUUCAGGGACUGUUUUGAGAUUGUCUCACCCAAGAUGGAGCCUUCGUUCCAGGGCAUCCUCCUGAGGCUUGCAUCCCCAUUUACCAUCCGUACCAAACCCGAUGGCAUCAAGGAGGCUGGCACUAAGGAGAAGGUCAUGGAGCUGAAGGGUCAGAUGAUCCAUGUGCCUGAGUCCUGCUCCCUGAUGUUCCUGGGUUCGCCACGUGUUGAUAAGUUGGAGGAGCUAAUGGGCAGAGGCCUCCACCUGUCAGAUAUCCCUAUCCAUGAUGCCACACGGGACGUUAUCCUGGUGGGGGAGCAGGCCAAGGCUCAGGAUGGCUUGAAGAAGAGAAUGGACAAACUGAAGGCCACAUUAGAGCGGACUCACCAGGCACUGGAGGAGGAAAAGAGGAGAACCGUGGAUCUCCUUUAUUCCAUAUUUCCAGGUGAUGUGGCGCAGAAACUGUGGCAGGGUCAGCCGGUGCCCGCUCGCAAAUUUGAUGACGUUACCAUGCUGUUCUCGGACAUCGUGGGUUUCACUGCAGUGUGUGCCCAGUGCACACCUAUGCAGGUCAUCUCCAUGCUGAACGAGCUUUACACACGUUUCGACUACCAGUGUGGCAUUCUGGAUGUUUAUAAGAUCGAGACAAUAGGUGAUGCCUACUGUGUGGCAGGAGGACUACACAAGAAGGUUGAUAGUCAUGCGAAGCCAAUUGCACACAUGGCUCUGAAGAUGAUGGAACUCUCAGAGGAAGUGCUGACACCUGAUGGGAAACCUAUCAAGCUAAGGAUAGGUAUCCACACAGGUUCGGUGCUGGCAGGUGUGGUCGGUGUUAAAAUGCCACGUUAUUGCCUGUUUGGGAACAAUGUGACACUGGCCAGCAAGUUUGAAUCGGGGAGCCAUCCGAGGUGUAUCAAUGUUAGUCCCACAACUUACCAGUUGCUGAAAGAUGACCGCUCUUUUUCAUUUGUCCCUCGUUCACGGCUGGAGCUCCCAGAGAAUUUUCCCAAAGAGAUCCCGGGGACAUGUUACUUCCUGGAGGCAGGGACGUCUCACAGCCAUGCCUCACUGACCAGCUCUCGCUCCGCUCCCCCGGCCUCUAUGAGGAAAGUCUCCUACAGCAUUGGGACAAUGUUUCUAAGAGAAACAAGUCUGUAAGUCUCAUACACAGACCAGGAUACACAGAUAUUCAUUAUGUGAGAGGCUGGAUUUGAACCUGUGGACCAUGCAGGAAAACAGAUCACACGGAUCUCUGGAUAUGCAAAUGCAUUAUGUGAAAACUUGGAUUCAGACCUGUGGUAUGGCAUAUAUGAAUGAAUGUUCAAAGAAAUGCUUUCAUCAUAGGUGAAAAAGAACAACAUGCCCUCAUCUCCUGAGCAAGGGAGAUACAGUUUAAAAGACUUGAGGAACAGCAACUCUGUUACACUCACGGAUCCCUCCCCAUGGAAGUCUACUGAUGGCGUCAAAUAGAGAAACCUUAAUAUAAAACUUAGCUGGAUCCAGCUGGAUUCCUCAGAUUCGUACCUGGUUUCUAGCUCUCUCCAGUGGUCCUGUCUCCCAAACAUUACCGUGACCUGGGUCUAGAGGCAACAAUGCAUUGAGAAAACCUGGAGAGAGAUCAUUUACAUGAUCAGAAUUGUACUCAUUAGCAAUGGAAUUGCGCAAAUAGAACAAAUCCACUUUCCAUCAACAAAGUGGAUGCUAAGGAAUGAUAAAAUGAAGAACUUUUAGAAGAUGGCGACAUUGCCACAAAUGUUUGCUGUGCAUCAUUGCCUCUUGUACAAGGAAGACACUACUGAAGAACAAAACAAUUCCCCUUCCAACUGUCCCUAAAUCAUGUCAUGCUUUACCAAACGUACUUCUAACAUCUGCUGCUCGUUACAUCCAUCCGUCCACCUAGGACCAGUUGGUCGGUGCGGAGAGAGGCAAAUGAGAGGCACAUACAAGUAUAGGUUUGAAAAGGGUUCAUCAAAGGACAAAAGCCAAAAACGCUCAUACUAACCUGACACUUCUAACCCACAGCAAACUAUAACCAACAGCAAUCCAGCCAUUUCAUUGCAGGUAAUAUGUUUAGGACUGAAAAUGAUUUGCAGCUCAGUGCCUUUUUACUGCUCAAAUCAGGACAAAUACAAGAUGGGUUCAUUUUAAAUAUUUUAAAAAGAAUAAAAAAAACACAAGGAGUGCUUCAAUUUUGUUAGGUUUCCAUUUGUUUUUAGACAUUUUUAUGACAUUUCUUAUGUCACUAGCUAUACUGAAGCGUGAAAGAUUUGAAUGGCGGAAUGACACGUGCCAAAGGUUGUAAGCCACAUUUGAAUCCGUGAUGUUGCAAGUCACAGCAGACGCCUUAUCGAACCGAGCCACCUGGAGUCCUGACUAGUUGUGUCUUUCAUUUUGAGGCGAGUGGCUGGCAUGAGAAAUCGAGCGCUCCUCAAAGAGUUCAAAUAUUUGAAAUCCUAUUCAUCCGUUUUCUGUCCAGAUCAACCAACAAUACACACAAUACAAUACUAAUAAGAUCGUACCAUACUAACUUGUACACAUAGUCACAGUAUGCAUGCUUGACACGGUUCACAUUUACAAACAUAAUCUUUUAAUUGCAUACAGUAACCAACAGGAUCCAAAUUCAAGUCUACUAGUUUGCUGGUAGACUGAGUAUGAUUUACUCAUUGGAAAUCUCAGGCCUUCCAAAUGCUUCAGCGUAGCUCAGUAACCCAGACGAGAGAGAAUAAUGGUCUGAAGUUUUUGUCUAAGAGAAUCUUUAUAAACUGUCAUCAGGAAGUUGGAAGUGAAGAGUUGAGGUUGGAAAGUUUUUGAAUAUUUUACACAUUGGCGCAUUUGGAUAUGUACUUAAAUAACUAACAUUACAUCACUUUUCUAUGAGGUAUUAGUUUCCAUGACAUCUUACAUUUUAGAUGCUGAUAGAAAUGUUUAUAUUAUCUAAAGAAGUACACAGAGAUUUGUCAACAUCACAUCCUAAUUUUAGUUUAUUAUUUAUGAUGUGUACAUUCAGUUGUUUAUGGGCGGGACCAGCAAAUUUUCUCUGCCAAACAACUUGUCACUCACUGGCCAUGGUAAAGAUUCAACAGGAACAUGUUGGCUAUGCUAUGUAAAACAACAGUUUGUAGGAAAACAUCAGAAGGGUAAUUUACAAAAAUGAAUGCCCAUCUGGCCAAAGGUUUCACCCACUAAAGGGCAUUGUGCCAUCAAAUGGAGAUGGUCACCAUCCUAACAAAGCAAUGUGCCAUAUUGGAGGAAAGGAUGGGAGGAGGGGAAAAGAGAAAAUUCAAGAUUUCUUUUUGACCUGCUAGUGUUUGAACCGGUGAUGGGUUAGAAGUGCUGAGACACUUUGGUCAUAGGUCGGUAUUGCCAUAAAUAAUUCUUACAACUGUCAUCAGAUUCCAUGACAGCAGUAGCAUCAGAAAGCUUGAAACACUCGCACAUUUACAGCAUGUUCUGUAAAGUUCCUGAUCAAUUUUGGCAAUGAAAAUAGACAUUUCUGAAAAUAUUUUUCUAUAUAUAGCAUAGUUUUAUCCAUAUUUACUGUAAACUAAAACAACUAUAACCUAUUUUCAAAGUUGUUUUCUGUCGCUUUAAGUAUACUAUGCAGUAUAGAACUAACAAUGGACUAGAUAACAAUAACACCUAAAGAUAAAUUCAGUAAGUCAAAGCAUAGCAUAGUUUUUAGGCAAAAAAUAUCACAACACAAAUCACAUAUGUUUAAUCACGCCGAACUAGGUACUAUUGUUUAGUGGGUCAAAAUUGUAAUUUCAAGUCAAGGGAAUUUAUCUACACUAUAAAUUGAUUUCAAGACAAGUGGGAACUCAGACGUCAAGUCACAGAUACAUUUCUUAUGGGAGUUUGCUACACCUGUUAGAAAGCAGCAUAAACUUUUUCACAUUUUAUUGCUUUGUGGCAACAAAGCCAAAGCACUUCCUGAGACCAAAAGGUCUGUAACAUUCAUGUUUUUUUGUGAUAUUAUAGAGGCCCAGAAUCUGCAACACCCACAUGAGACAUCAGUGAAACAUACCUCCUGUAUCUGUAUAUCCAUGUAUCAGUGGCUCAGAAGAUUAGCGCUAACAUUGACAUGCCUGCCAAGCAAAAAUGAAUUCUGCUUCAGUAUAAAUUGCCAAAUACACUAGAGAAUGGCAGGCCAACUUUCCAAAAAGCCUGAGGGAAGUUUGCAUGUCUUCAAGGCCUGGGAAAGUGGAUACUGUUUAACCUUAAUUUUGCCCUGAUAAUAAAGUCAAGUAUAAUUUCACAAACGUUUACAAGACCACAUGGGCCAUAUUAUAGAAAACAACAGUUUUCAGGGAGGUACCUCAAGUGUCUUUAAUCAAAACAACAGUAUAACGCAAUUUUAGUUGAUGGACAAAUGAACCCCUAAGCAGUCCCUUGUCCAUAAGCUUAUAGAGGGUUAAACCGGAAACUCAGGACAUGUGCAAUUUGGUGUUUCUCAUUGGAAGGAGAUGUAGAGUAAGAUAGAGGAGAUUAGAUACAUUUAAUUGAAGAAUAAUGAAGAAGCGCCAAUUAAUGAUGGUCAAUUAUGACUACAUUUUUAAUAAUGGUAGCUAUGCUUGCUAGUUUAGCUGACUAGCUGCCAUAACAAAACUAUUCUACAGUGUUCACUUCUGGAGAUUUAAACCAUUUUUGCUCUGACUUUAUGAUUCCACACACCCAAAAGAAGGUAUGACUGCUGUUGCAAGGAGACAGUGACCAAUGCAGAAUCCCAAAAGAAGACAAAACAACAUUUAACUAUAAAAGUACAUAUGAAAGUGAGAACACUGUUAAAUCCACAAUGGGGAACAAUAAGUGCAUGGACACAACUAUUGUAGAGACUGAAUAUCCUCUCUUAAGUGUAUCUGACACGUUUUCCCAAGGCAGGCCUUCACAUACAGAGAGACUCACAAGAUGCUUCCUGACUGUCAUCCUGUCGAUAUUCUAUAUUGCAUACAUGCAUUAAUGUGUACUUGUACAAAAUCUAUUGUAGCAUAAAUGUAGUGCAGGUGUUAUUUACAUUCAGCUUCAGCAGUGGCUGAAUUCUGCAUCAAGCUAAAUAAAGGACAUUACAUCAGCGCUACACCCACGCAACUUGUGUCCAACAGUCACGUCUCCAAGUCUGUAAAUUCUUGGCAUAAUAUUAAAUGUUUGGUCAGAUCUGACUGUCUUGCUGUUAUGAUGCAGAGGUGUCGCAGGUACUGGUUCUCUACAGUACAGUGUGGUUGUCGGUCACGGCCCAUUACACCUCAAUGCAUACUGUAGGUCACUUACUCAUACGCAAGCGUACAUCACAGUUACAGUGGCAAUACAUCUUAGCUGUACUGUAAAAGCUGUGUCAAACAAUGAACAUGAACAAAUGUUGUCAUGAGCCUGUAAGCGUGGGAGGGUCCAGUGUCCAGUGAGACGAAGCCAAAUACACCCAUAACUCCAGCAAAAGUCUGGACAGAGUCUGUCUGUGUGUGUCAAACAAUAUGAGAACAUUUUAAGUUUAACAAAGUACUAACAUAAUAAUUUGUUAAUAAAGACUGAUUGUACCUGUAAUAAAUAUGUACAAUUUAGUAUAUUAAAACAGAAAUAUGGAAAUUGUAAUAAAAUUAUUUAACAUUAUUUACACAUUAUUUGUUUGGUGUAAUUCACAGAAUGAUUUGAGAUUGUCACAUUUUCCACUGCUUUGUUUUUUGUUUUGUUUUUUAAAAUAUCUGCCAGAUAAUGUACUUUAUGUCAGUAUGUGUGCCAUCUAAAGCCAGGCUGGUUUUCCCAACAUUCCCACUCUGAAGACUUUUUUUUAUUUCAAGAAAUAAGACAUAAAUGGUAGACUUUUCCAUUGACACUAUUGUAAUUUUUUCCUUCACAACAAUUGUCUUCAAUUAUGGAUUUAUGAAACAUUAAAUUCAACUGCAUGUCAUUUUAUUGAAAAAUAAAAUUGCGCAACAUGUUUUUUUUUGCAGGACAUUGUUAUGAACAGUCUUGUUGCCAAGAUCAACUUCACCCCCACUUGUAGUACCAUGGGUGUAAGCUGAUGGUCCCUAUUUAUCCUGGUUUUAACAGCAGAAACAAACAUGGUUGAUGCUUGUCAUCCAUGUCCAGGGUCCUCCUAAUGGAUGUACAUUGCUCCACCGAUCUCCAGUCUAUAAAGCGUCCCCCACAUGAGAAUAGUAGCCUCCAUGACAUUUGUUCGCCAGCUUAAUUUAAAUCUAAUAAAAUAUUUGUGACAUUUAACAAUUCA